CCCAACGUCCCCUGGCCACUCUGGCCUGGGCGAAGCCAGCCGAUCGCUCCCAGUCCACUUGGGGUGGGCACGCCGCCCACCAGCCCUCUCUCCUUCCGCGAAGGUGAGGCUGAGGCUGGCGGCUGGCGAAGAGCAAGCCCCACGGAGUAAGACUUAGCGGGCAUCCGUGUGGAUCCUACGCGGAGCCGCGGCGCUCACCUGGGCCUUACCCGGUCCUCCGGGAUGGGUUCGGUCUCCUCGGCUCUGGUGCGGUCCCGCAACACCGUGGUGCAGCUGGGAUCCUCGCCGCCGCCGGCCGAAACGUCCCUAACUGCUCGCAGAGACACACCUGUGCGCAGCAAAACUCAGAGUCUGGGUCCUGGGCGCCGGGAGACGAGACGUCCCCCAGCCGCCGGAGAGGAGCCGCCCGCCCUGCCGAGCCCGAACGCGAGCCCGGGGCUGGGGAGAGCAGAGCUGUCCCCGGUGCUGAAGCUAGUGGCGAACAUGUCCCAACCUUUCUUGCUGGAAAGCUGCUGCCCAGCGGUUGCAAAUGAAGCUGGAGACAAGGCUGCCAAAUCUCUUGCCCGCUUUUCCCGGUCUAAGUCUCAGAACUGCCUGUGGAACUCCUUCAUCGAUGGGCUCACUGGAAAUGUCAAGGAGAAGCCAAAACCAACAAUUGUCCAUGAUCCCCGUCCCCCAGAGGAAAUCCUAGCAGAUGAAUUGCCUCAGUUGGAUAGCCCGGAAGCUUUGGUGAAGACAUCCUUCAGGUUACGGUCUUUGGUCAAGCAGUUAGAGAGAGGAGAGGCUUCAGUGGUAGACCUUAAGAAGAAUUUGGAAUAUGCAGCUACAGUGCUUGAAUCUGUCUAUAUCGAUGAAACUAGGCGACUUCUGGAUACAGAGGAUGAGCUUAGUGACAUACAAUCAGAUGCUGUGCCUUCAGAGGUCCGGGACUGGCUGGCUUCCACGUUCACACGACAGAUGGGGAUGAUGCUCAGAAGAAGUGAUGAGAAGCCCAGGUUCAAGAGCAUCGUCCAUGCAGUCCAGGCUGGAAUAUUUGUGGAGAGAAUGUAUAGACGGACAUCAAACAUGGUUGGAUUGAGCUAUCCCCCAGCCGUCAUUGAAGCACUGAAGGAUGUGGAUACAUGGUCCUUUGAUGUCUUUUCCCUCAAUGAGGCCAGUGGGGAUCAUGCAUUGAAAUUCAUUUUCUAUGAAUUACUCACACGUUAUGAUCUGAUCAGCCGUUUUAAGAUUCCCAUCUCAGCACUUGUGUCAUUUGUGGAGGCCCUGGAAGUGGGAUACAGCAAGCAUAAAAAUCCUUACCACAAUCUGAUGCAUGCUGCAGAUGUUACCCAGACUGUGCAUUACCUCCUCUACAAGACAGGAGUGGCAAACUGGCUGACAGAGCUGGAGAUCUUUGCUAUAAUCUUCUCAGCAGCUAUCCAUGACUAUGAGCAUACUGGGACCACCAACAAUUUCCACAUUCAGACUCGGUCUGACCCAGCUAUUCUGUACAAUGAUCGAUCUGUACUGGAAAAUCAUCACUUGAGUGCAGCCUAUCGUCUUCUGCAAGAAGAUGAGGAAAUGAAUAUUUUGAUCAAUCUUUCAAAGGAUGAUUGGAGGGAGUUUCGAACCUUGGUAAUUGAGAUGGUAAUGGCCACAGAUAUGUCUUGUCAUUUCCAACAAAUCAAAGCGAUGAAGACUGCCUUACAACAGCCAGAAGCGAUUGAAAAGCCAAAAGCUUUAUCCCUGAUGCUGCACACAGCAGACAUUAGCCAUCCAGCAAAAGCAUGGGAAUUACACCAUCGCUGGACCAUGUCUCUUCUGGAGGAGUUCUUCAGACAGGGUGACAGAGAAGCAGAGCUGGGGCUGCCUUUUUCUCCUCUAUGUGACAGAAAGUCCACCAUGGUUGCUCAGUCACAAGUAGGUUUUAUUGAUUUUAUUGUGGAACCCACCUUCACUGUGCUCACUGACAUGACCGAAAAGAUUGUGAGUCCAUUAAUUGAUGAAAGUUCCCAAACUGCCGGGACCAGACAGCGGCGUUCAAGUUUGAAUAGCAUCAGCUCAUCAGAUGUGAAACGGUCAGGUGUGAAAAGCUCUGGGUCAGAAGGAAGUGGCCCCAUCAAUAAUUCUGUCAUCCCUGUUGACUAUAAGAGCUUUAAAGCCACUUGGACUGAGGUGGUACACAUCAAUCGGGAGAGAUGGAAGGCCAAGGUGCCCAAAGAGGAAAAGGCAAAGAAGGAGGCUGAGGAGAAGGCACGCCUGGCAGCUGAGGAGAACCAAAAGAAACUAGAAGCCAAAAACCAAGCUGAAGAAGGAGCAUCCAGCAAAGCAGAUAAAAAGACAUCUGGAGAAACUAAGACUCAGUUCAAUGGAACAUAUACAAGCAAAAGUGACAACUCUCGUGGGAAGAACCCAAAAGGUGACUUGAAAGAUGGUAAAAAUAAGACAGAUAAGAAGGAUCACCCCAAUAGUGGAAAUGAUUCAAAGAAAACAGAUGAUUCAGAAGAGUAGAAAAGAACUCUCAUAGACUAAAAGAGGAUGCCACUGUCUUGCAUCAUUUUAGCUGAGCUGCUUCAUUCCUUCUUCUUCCACAAAGAACAUAUCUGGAGAAGGUGUAUAACUUUCAAAAACAAGCCCUCAACAUUUGGCCUCCUCUCAUGCCAUCUCCUCUCAGGGAAUGGUUCUUUGAGGGUUGAUUUGAGGUCUUAGAACUCUGGGCACGUUUCCCCUGAACAAACUCACUUGGGAUUUUUUUAUUUUUUCACAAACAUUAAAGUUUGAAGGAGCUUCCUCAAAAUCAUUUGCUAGUAAUCUGGCCUUCACAGCACUUAUCUGAGCUGGUAAGAACAGACAUCCUAGAUAUGCUGAGCAAGGCCUGGAAAAGUCACACACACACAGUGAUUGCCAUUUUCUUGUCAAUACCAUUACUUAAAAUGUUGUCUUUUACACUGGCUCUGGAUGGUGGAUGUAGCCAGACUGGCCUUCAUCACAGCUAAAAUAACAAUUCCAAUUCCUGGUUCUCUUUUUGAAUUGGGAACAUUCAGUUACCCCAAUUUCCUUUCAGACAUAAACAUUGUUCUUAUGCAUUUUUCCAUUUGUUUAAUAUGAAAUUCUGUUUUUUAAAAAGAGUGUUCUGCAAGAAUAUGUAAUUGAUGCUUAAUUUAGUCUGUAUAUUCCUGAAUAUAAACCUGAAUGUGUUAGCUGAUGGCCAUAUUGUCAGGUAGGAACCUAGCUGUUUUCACAGGGUAGCAUUCAUGACUAUAGUCAUUGAAAUUUUGACCACUGGAUGGUUACCUUCUUCUGAGUAUCUGUAAGUUGGCUUCAUUACUUGUAUCAGGUUUUGGUAAGGGUAGGGCACUAGUAUCAGGAUCAAAGGUUAGGUAAUUCCUUUCAUUUGAGUUAGUCUUUAACAAUACCAGAUAGGAGUCACUUAAUAGCAUAAAUAAAAGACAAGGUGUAUUGGGAACAAGGAUUAAAGAUACAGACUUUAAGUAGAAGCUAAUGAAAUGCAAGAGGAGUAUGAUUUGGUAGUUUUUGAUACAAGUGAUUUUCAUAAGGUGACUUUGGGUUACUCCUUCCUGAUAAUAAAUCAUGUGAUAUGAGAUUAGUAAUAGAGAGGAAGAGAGGUAGUGAUUGGUUUAGGAAUAUUCCACUAUUUGAUUUCUACAUUCAAAGCAUAUAGACAGAUAUUUAAAAUAAAUAUCUAUAUUGUUAAAACAAAAUACUGGUAUUUCUCAGAUAUAAAAAAUGUGGGCCACAAGACCUUUCCGCUCUCUGAAAUAGUCUGCAACAGGAAUGUCUGAGGAAUCAGAGGGAAAAGCCCAUAGCCAUUCACUAUAUUUUUCUGUGGAAGUAUAUGGGUCCUAGGUAACUAGAAUUUUAUGUGAAUCUUCUUUAAAUUAUUACAUAUUAGCAAUAGAUUCACACAUACUAAGCCAGUAAAACAAAGCAUGUCUUUGAGUUGCAUGCAACCUGUGGGCCAUCAGUUUACAAACUAUGCUCUUCAUGGUGGUCUAAUUUUGUAUAGCAAUUAAAUAAAACCAAGUAUGUGCUAGUUCUUGACUUGGAACCUGGGCCUUUUACCUCAUUUCUAUUCUGUAUUUUUGUACAUGAAGCUUCUGGGCCAAUCAAUAUAGAAUGCCUACAGCUUCCAUUUUUAUAAUCUAACAAGUAAUGCUAAACACUAUUUGAAAAAGAAACAGGAAUAUAGCCAUUUUUCUAGCACCAAUGAUGAUGGAAAUAUUUUUCAUCUGCUUUAAGUCAUUAAUCAGCUGAAAAAGAAUGGGAGAAUUUCAUGCCAUAUUGAACUUUGCUUAAAACACUCAGUGAGGAAAAACAAAAGCUCUGUGUUACUCAGUCAUAGUUUUUAAUUUAAGUGAUUUUAAAGCACAUUGAGUAAAAACGCAAAGUCAUCUGUUUAAAAAAACUACAAAACUGUUAAUAUGCUAUGAAUUGAUCUUGGACAUGAUUGUACAUUUAAAUAAUUAUGUCAAUAUUUACUGGAAUAACAUAUUUGCAAAGCUGUUGCUUAUUUUCUAUGGUCUUUUAAUGUGUUUGAAACAACAAAUGGAGUGAUAAGAUAGGAUGAACAUUAUGGCACUGUGCAAAUCAUGGCAUCCUGCUCUGGCUCACACAGCACAAAGGCUUACACACCGAAGGUAGAGUUGCCAGUAUGUGGAGACAGCAGUUUUCCAUGAGCCUAAUGUGACAAGUGUAUCAGUACUUGAGUUUGGCUCUCUGUCACUCAACAGGCCAGGAUCUAACUUAAGAGUUCAUGUACUUUGAGUUUGUGGCAUAAUUAUCCAUUCUUUCAGAGGUCUUCAUUCUAUGUUUUAUUUACUCUGCCUUUCCUCAUUGUUGAGACCUAUUAGCUUAUGGCAGCAAAUAACAGACUUAUUUUUGACUCAAAAACCCUUUCUUCUACUCACCCUUCUAUUUUCUGAGCUUAAAAAAAAAAAAAAACUAUUGGAGACAUCUGAUAGGGUUUCAUUGUCAAGCUGAUAAACUUAAACAUUAAAAUCAUACUAAACACCUGAAGGCCAAAGAAAAUCUAGCACAUGAAUUUCUUUCAUUUGCAGAGUUUUCACAUUGUAUAUUCCAGGUUGAGCCAGAUCGUCAGUAAAUGUAAAAGUAAAAAGUGAAGAGCAACAUUACCCUGGAACAUGAGAGAGAGGAGGCAGAGAUGAAGACCAAUUCUGUAAUCCAUAUUUUUAGAGUAGGGAUAUUUUUACCUUCUUACUAUCUUUUCUCUCAUAUCUCUCUUCUCUAGACAGAUGCACAGGUAGAUGGAUGGAUGGAUGGAUGGAUGGAUGGAUGGAUGGAUAAUAUAUAUUUUCCUCCAGCUUUUCUGAAUGUCUGGGCAGCAUGAUAAUAGAACAUACUUCGUAAUGUCCCCCAUUUAGUUUUGGAAGAACCCAUGAAAAAAGUGGAAUAUCCUUUUCUCAUAAGAAGAUUCUGAGAUUAGAAGUCUCUGUAUAUAUAAUUAGAUCCAAAAAUAAAAGCGAUUUGGAAAAUUUAGGACACAUUUUUUUUUUCUGGGUGAAAUUUUGUUUUGAUUCUGAGAUACCCACACACAUCACAGGCAUUACAGUCAUGUCUAACCACUAGCAGGUAAAAUUCUACUGUUCACUCAUGAAUGCCAGAAAAAUUCAAGUUUACUUGAAAAUGUAUUUAACAUCUCCUAAAUGCCAAGUAUACUCCUUUAGGUUCAUGAGACUUUCUUUCUAGUAUACUCAGACAUACUCUAGUUACACCAAUAGCUUAUUAUAAGAUAUAGAAAAUGUCAAGUAAUUUUAGAAAAAAGUUAUUUAUGAAAAUAUAUGUAAAAUAUUUUUGUGCCCUUUAAAUUUAAGAUAAAGCAAUAAGAUCAAUGCAAUUAAACAAAAUCCAUAUGAGAAUGAUCCAUCUAGAAAAAUAGUGACACUGACUUCCUUGUCUGAAACACACAUGGCUUUAUUUAGUAUUCAAGUUGAAACUUUAAAUCCAAGUGGACUCUCUCAGGGCAAAAAAGAAAUAGUCCAUGCAGCAUGAGAAACCAUUGCACAGUUCUGCUCUGUUAACAACAUUAUAGUAGGCAUCACACCAAGCCACAACAAAAUUGGGUGUUACAGAUUAUAAAAUUUUAAUAAUGAUGCUACAUAGGAUCUUAUUUUUGAAUAUAUGGAAAGUUAUGCUUAUAAUUAUCAAUAGUAAUCCAUGAUUAAAAGCCUCAUUAUCACUAAGCAAUGAAGUUAAUGGGAAAAAAUGGUAAUGAACAGCCAUACUCUUCCUAGGAACAAGAAAGUGUACUCCUAAAGGCCAGGCUUUAGUUUUUAAAGUUUCCUAUGAUCAAAGGGCUGAGGUGACCCUUUCAAGAGUUAGAAGGGAAUCAGCACUGUCUUCAGUAAACAGACUGUAUGGGACUAACGAAAAAAUCUGGGUCUAGUGAAGCAUAAAAAUGGAAAGUGGGCCUCUGAAAAUUUUCCUUGGACAUUUGUAAAGAUAAAUGCUUCUUCAGGAAAGUCUUUAAUAAGCAAGAAUUACUUCACUGGAAGAAACUCUUGUUUUCACAUUAAACAAACAUUGAGUACAGUGGAGACUGGACUUGAGAGGAUCAUGAAAGUCUAAUUCAAAGUCCUGAUUACCCCCCAUUCUACAUUUUUAUUAAAAAUAUUGGCAGAUAUAUCUAGAUUAAUUGUCAUAAUUCUGGAUUUUGUGUCCAGGUGGACAUGACAUAACACUGGCAGUUUUAGGCUUUACUAGAUGCACAUGGACACAAACUAUGGUGCCAUUGCAGAGCCCGAAGCAGGAGUGACAUAUGGGCAGGUCCUUUCAGCUCACUCAGGGUACACAGGAUACCUCAGCAUCUCUUGGGGUAAAAGUCAGUUCUAGUCGGCCAUAUUCAGUGCCAUUGCCAGGGCCAUCUUCUGGGUUGAUCAGCUCCUGUGCAUUCUUCCUGGGAGCUGACUGAUGCAUCUGCACAGGCAUUUUUUCUCUCUGCUUACAGUGAGGGGUGAGUCAUUCACAAUGGAGCCCCAUAGAACCUGGUGCCUAUGAAGUGGCUUUUAAAUAGAUGGCUCAGGAGGCACAUCUUUGCAUUAUCUUUGCUCCUCUGGUAUGGUCUAUCUUGGGGAAAGAGCUUUGUAUACUACCGUACUUGUCUUUGAAUGAGCAUAUAUGUGAUGACAUAGAAUUACAGCCAUAGUCCAAUAUACAUAGCUUUAUGGUAAGAACCUAUAGCCAUAGGUGUUAUCCAGUAACUGAUUCUAGAGAUAGACUUUGAAAUAUGCCUUUCCUUUUUCCUUGCUUUAGUGAUAUUUUUAUACAGUUUUAUAUGCUGUCAAUUUUUAAAAAUAUACUUGCUAUUUUUAUUUGUAGAGCUAAGUUAGGUUUUAUCAACUCUUGUGCUCACUGUAUAGCCAUAUACCACCAUCAAUUUUUAUGUAUCCUAUCCCUGUUUUAUACCCUUUUACUCCUGUCUUCUCUCAUUGUUUUUACCUGUCAAAAAUCUCUUCAUUUGCUUCUACCCAGGUAGCCCAUUCUACUUGCAGGGUCACCUGAGCACACAGAAACACAAAAUUAUAGGAAACUCAAGAGCAUCUUCCAGUGUAAUGCACGUGAGGAAGUGUUAGUGUCAAGGGAAAGGUGGGUACAUGGGAAGGAGAAAGCAGGUUGGUGAAAUGAAAGCAUACAAAAGGGAUUCUUCAAGGAAGGCAAAUUGCUUGUAGGCUAAUGUGAUGUUGUUGUUAUCUUCCUUGAGUGGAGAACUCAGUCUAUGCUGCUACAGGCUCUUCUUCGGAUUCUGAAUCUCAUCGUGGCCUGUGGACAAUUCCUAAUGAGGAGCCUCCUUGGUCAGAUGUGAAUGGAAAAUGACACUUAUCUCCUAAGCCUUAAAUUUUGCUACCAUCAAAUCAAAAUAGCUAUCUGGAUUUGUGGGAAAUGUCCAAUCAAUAUCAAGAACAUUUAGCAAGACCAGAAAAGAAAGAAGGCAGAGCCAGAAUUCCAAACCCACCUAGACCAUGCUGCAUACAUCAUUCAUGAAGAAAAAAGAAGAGUUGCUAAACAUGUUCUGCAGGUCUCUUCCCAAUGGAAAUGGUUCUGUUUUUACUUUAAGGCAGUGAUAUUAUGUGUUUCCAAGAUGUGAAAUGUGUUUUAGACAGGUUUCAGUUUGUACUUGCACAUCAGAGGGCAAGAAAAUGACCAUCCAUUCUAAGUCUGUCCCCUAGAUGCUACUAUAUGUUGAAAAUUGUUUAAAUGCUAUAACACCCCAUCUCCAAUUGCAAAAUUAGACCUUGGUAUUCAUGUAAACAGAAUGCCUAAUUGCUGUCAGAGUUAAAGAUGUGUUUGUUUAUUGGAAGUCUUUAUUGCACAUAUACCCCUUUGAUGUAUAAUUUCCUCUAACAUCUCAUAAGUGAUUGUAUGUACUGAUUACCAAAUAAAAGCAAUGAGUUAACCUCUGAACUAGAA